AUGGCUGAAUGGUCCAAACUCCCAAAUGAUAUCCUGCUCUUAAUUGCCAAACGCCUGGAGACUCGCAUUGAUCUCCUCCACUUCAGAUCAGUUUGCACUUCAUGGCGAUCAUCUGUACCUCCACGAAAACCUCAUUGGUUAAAAAUCCCUAUAUAUGACACCCAAGUUGCUGAUCAUUUCUGCCUUUCAGAACGCACAAUAUACCUUAUUGAAUCGCGAGAAAAUCCAGACCAAACGACUCCUCCAGACUGCUGGUUUAUAAAGAUAAGGGAAGAUAAAUUUGGCAGAAAGCACCCACUGCAUCCACUUACAAAUUUCAAAAUAACAAGGAGUACUGCAUUUCGGAAGGUAUAUUUGAGCUGUUCAAAGUUCCAAGUGCAUGAAUGGAGUACAGAAUAUGUUCUCCAGUAUACACCGAAGGACAAAACUUGUAUUGAUUCAGCAUACCAUGAAGAGAGAAAUUUGAUGGUCCAAAAGGUUGCUUUCAUGAGCUUGAGUCCGGGCAGUGAGGAUUUUGUAUUGCUUGCAUGCAUCAGUGAGAGGCUUUUUGCGGUUGAUGAGUGCAGAAAAACUAUCGCCAUUCAUCCAACUUCAGGACUAAGUAUUGAUGCAUUCUGUGGGGAGUCUUUCUUUAACGACUGCUUGCAUGAAGUGUUCUUAAUCGAGUUGAAUGACAAUGAGUUGAUGUUGGUUCACAAACACAUACAAAUUUAUGACAAUGUGCCUGAGGAUCCAACAUCACCAGAAAACUACUUGUAUUGCAUCAUGCCCAAUGGGAAGAGGCUUCGUUUUCCAAUUUUUACAUGGGAAAACGGAUGGGAACAAAAUCACCGAAAAGCUGCGUCACGUAUUUUAGAACUUCAGAAGGGAUCAUAUGUGCUUACAAAGUUCGACAUCUUGUUAGGAUUGAUCAUCUAUGGUGGCAGAAUACUGGCUGCUGUAUCUAAUUCAGUUGGAUGUCUGGUUACUGGUGCCUAG